CGCAGUCUCCGUCCAGCAGAAGCCAAAAGCGGUCUAGUUGUGUUGGAGCUAGAGAAAUAGUGGUUUGCAGAGAUUUGCGGUGUUAAACCCUAGUGAUAUGUAAAUUGGCUCAGUAUACAGUUUUCAACGCAGAUCUACCGGCAUUUCAAGCAUGGUCGCUUGGUCGAGUGAGAACACCAUCGACCGAUUAAGGGUGCGCUACGUAAUGCCUUCAGCGCACCUGUCUCUCCGCGAGGAGGACGUGGUUCGUCUCGCCCUCGAGUUUCUGCAUAACAGAGAGCUGCACAUUUCGCAGCUGAGCCUGGAGCGGGAGACUGGUGUCAUCAAUGGCGUUUAUAGCGACGAUCUUCUAUUUCUCAGACAGCUUAUUCUUGAUGGACAAUGGGACGAUGUCAUGGAGUUUGUGCAGCCUCUUGAGGCCAUCGAGACUUUCAACCUGAAGCUGUUUCGCUGGAUAGUCCUUCGUCACAAAUAUGUGGAGCUGCUCUGUAUCAAGUCGGAAGCUGGCAUCACCACCAACAAUAUGGACACUGCCGUUCAAGAAGUGGUUAAAGCGCUGGCUGAACUAGAACAGUGUGCCCCAACCAAGGAGGACUAUUCCAACCUGUGUCUGUUGCUUACCUUGCCUAGGCUGACAGACCACCUUGCUUACAAAGACUGGAACCCCAGUGGAGCAAGAGUCCAGUGUUUUAAAGAGGUUCUGCCUCUUGUAGAAAAAUUUCUGCCAGGGGACCGGAAAGGCAUAGGAGACGAAGCUGGGCCGUUGAGUGCUAAAAACGACCGACUCAUUCAACUAGUUAUUAAAGGAAUUCUGUAUGAAAGCUGUGUUUCAUAUUGCCAACAAAAAGCCACUUCCACUGGCAAGGAGUCAAUGAGCAGCUCUGGCAGCGAAAUGCAUUUUACAAGUCUCUUGAGUGGCACCGGAUUUAGUGAUUCUGAUCUCAGUUUGCUGUCGUGGUUGCAAAGUAUCCCCUCCGACACCUUCGCUUGCCCAUUUGAGCAAAGGACUCUUAAUGUGGAUGUCGAAAGACUGGACAAACCCUCUUUGGAAACUUCAUGGACUGAGCACAUGCUCAUUACUCCUAUUAAGCCCAAAACGUUCCCUCACUCUGCCAUGCCAUUCACUCGACCAAGAUCUGCAGACAUUAUGUCAAGGUCGCUGCUGCCUUCAUUGGAUGGACUGCCCUUUGGCCUGUCUUCUGGAGGUAGAGGAUCUAUUGGGGCCAUGACCAUGUCUACUGGAGACAUAAACAGCAUGUCGAAAAGUUUUGCCAGUUUUCAUUUGAGCAAUAAGGAAAAGAAAAUGAUGAACACAAGUGUAGACAGAUUGUUUGAAAACGAUGAGAAUGUUUUCAUGAGCUCAAGCUACAGCGAACUUCCCGCCAUACUGGAAAAAGUAGUGGCUGACGCCAAAGGUGAGCAUCAGGUGCCCCCCAGACCCCGCUCAAAAAGCCCAGACAGAAGCAGAGCCUCAGUGGCCUCGACCCCCGAACACAGAAGCACAAACGGAAGCAAACAGAACCACCCCCAGAGCCCACUGGUGCAGGACUCUCCAAGGUCUUCGAGGAGGGACUCUUUGAGUGACCGCUCAGACGUGUACACCCUCAGCUCACCAUCAGGGGAGGGAGAACUAUUUAAAGAGUACCAACGGCAAAAGCAGCGGGUCAUGCAGGACAACCGAAUCACAGAGCAGCUCCAACAGCAGCAAAACAUACAGCAACAGCAAAUGCAUAGUAAUGCUCAAAGGGUCGGUGGUGUCAAUUCUGCUAGCUCAACACUAAACUCACGUUCUGGGGCGCAUGGUCCUUCAAACGGGGCUCCACCUCACACAAAUUUUAAUGGAUCCAACGAAGUCAGCCGCGGCCCGUCCGGGUCUUACCUUUCGGACGCCAACGCAGCAUCAGAAUCGCGAUACGAGACCAUCAAAGCUGGUCCAGCAGCGCCUAGUCCUCCCCGAGACGUAGAAAAUGGUGCAGGACGCCCUAAGUUUGUAGCAGUCACCAGUUUGGAAGACGUGCAAGCUGUGCGAUGCGCCGAAUUCCAUCCCAAUGGCCGAAUUUACGCAGUGGGCUCAAACUCGAAGACGCUGCGGAUCUGCGCUUAUCCCAAACUCAACGACCUCAGAGAGGACCACCAAACACAUCAGCCGACGGUGCUGUUCAAGCGGACCAAACACCACAAGGGUUCCAUUUAUUGCAUGGCAUGGACACCUUUGGGAGACCUCAUGGCCACCGGCAGCAAUGAUAAAACAGUCAAACUCAUGCGCUUCAAUUCUGAAACGUCAAAUCUUGAGGGCCAAGAGAUAGAACUAACCAUGCACGAUGGAACUGUGCGUGAUUUGUGCUUCAUUGAAGACUCAAGCAACAAAUCCAGUCUUUUGAUCAGUGGAGGUGCAGGCGACUGCAAAAUCUAUGUCACGGACUGCGCCACUGGCACUCCUUUCCAAGCCCUCAGUGGUCAUUCAGGACACAUUCUCUCCUUGUAUACAUGGGGUGGAGCCAUGUUUGUGAGUGGCUCCCAGGAUAAGACAGUCAGAUUUUGGGACCUGCGGACCAGAGGCUGCGUCAAUAUGGUCACACCAGCAACUGCACCUGGAAACAGGGGCUCUCCCGUUGCCGCCAUCUGUGUAGACCCGUCUGGCCGCCUGUUGGUCUCUGGCCAUGAAGACGCGUCCUGCGUUUUGUAUGAUGUUAGGGGCGGCCGCAGUGUGCAAUGCUUCAAGCCUCACACUUCAGAUGUGAGGUCUAUCAGGUUCUCGCCGAGUGCUUACUACCUGCUUACUGGAGGAUAUGACAACAAGCUUGUGCUAACAGAUUUGCAAGGGGACCUGACAACGCCAUUGCCUAGUGUGGUCGUGGCUCAGCACCAGGACAAAGUUAUUUCAGGCAGGUGGCACCCUUCAGAGUUCUCCUUCAUCAGCACGGGCGCAGAUAAAAUGGCAACUCUGUGGGCACUUCCCCCGGUGUAAAAGGGAACAUCCUUCUCUUCCAAUAAUAUAUCUCUUCGUGUAUAAUGCUUGUAAAUAGAACUCACAACCAUCAUUCACUCACACAAUUAUACAUUUUGCCAGUUGUGUAAUCAUUGUACCUCCUAAAUUAAAAGGCAAAUUGUUAGUUCAUAUGGUGCAAUUUGAGUGCAAACUAUUGGUUGGAAUCGAUCAAAAAUCAAACUUGUGUCUAUUUGUUUUGAGAUCUGAUUAUCAAUAUUUAUAAUUGAACUGUAUGUGCCUCGUUGAAAUUUGCAAAUAUAUAAUAUACUCAUCCCGCUCUUAUAUAUACCAUUUACAUCUAUACAAAAUAUGACUUAGAUACACAAUAUUGUACUACCACACUCACUCAAAAAGCAACUCGGCGUCAUUAAGGUCGCUGCUUUGUAUUAACAUUUAGAAAUCUUUUGAAAUAAAUUUCAUUUGACUGUGCUUAGGUGAGAAGACACAAAAUUAAUAAAGAUUGUUUUGCAAACUUGAAAUGUAAUAAAUUCUAAUAUAUAUUUAACAUUUUUUUUUGUAAUUUCAAGGUGAUGCUAAUUUAAAAGUAGUCAAAUUGGAACAACCUUUUGUUUGUACAUCUAAAUCAUAAAACCAGGCGUGGAACUGUUUUAACCACACAAUAGGAUGGACUUUGUAAUAAUCAUUUUUGAUUGGUUUAUCCUGUAAUAUUUUUAAUAAAUAUCCAAUGGAAUACUCCAAA